CGUGAUCUUUUUCAGAUGCAUACAACCCCCCACCCCCAAAUACUAGCGGUGUUCUAUAUCAACAUCCUCCCUCUUUAAACCCCUCUUACGUACUUUCUGUCGGUCUUAGAGAAAACCCCUCUGCAAACCAGCCUACACGUAUUCAACAGUCGACAGAGUAACCACCCCAAUCGCUGACUUCUUCAUUUCAUCAUUCACAUCUUCAGGCUGUAUUAGCCCUCAUGUCAGCACUCUUUGUGUGAAUAGGCAAUGCCUUCCCCUGUCCUGCAGCUCCCAGCAUCCUCCAGCUGUCUAUCUGGCCUUAACGCCUCCAUUAUUAACAUCCUCUGCUGCAUCUUCUUCUGACAAGUCCUAUAUAAGAAACACAUUUGACUGGCCUAGAUUGAUCUUGCUCCAGCACUAACAAUCUUUGUUUGUCCUCUCAUCUGAUUAUUUUGAUCUCAAACAUCUAAGACUUAAAUGUCCUUUCAAAAAAAGCCACUGUCUCUCAUUCAUUUUCUGGAUCUUUGAGCUUACAAGUCAACCAUGUGGUCCACAUUCAUCGUUCAGGAUGAAGAGGUAAGGACGGUGAAUGCAUCUCCUGGAGUGCACCAACCUUCUGGUGGGCUGGAAGGGUUUUUGGGAUCACGGAGCGGACACAAACGCAGACACAGAACACACUCCAGUUCUGGAGAUGGCAUUAGCGAAAGCCAAGAGGGCAAAAUCAAGCUGACGUUGUUCAUGGCUGUAAUCGGCAUCAUGCUUACUGUGCUCGGGAUGGGAACAGAGUUCUGGGUGGAGCUUAAACCAUCCAAGAGCUUCUACAACAAUCAGACGUGUCUAGUAGCACAUUAUGGCUUAUGGAAAUGCUGUACCAAGAUGAUCUGGGUGUCAGAUAUGGACCCAAAGCAGGAGAUCUGUGGGCCUUUGCACUUACAGGGAGAAUCCAAUUGCACCUUCUUUAAGUUCUACACCACUGGAGAGAACAUUGUCCUAUUUCAGAAAACGCCAGAAAAGGAUCUGACAGUAGUGUCGGCCAUGUUUGCUAUCAUUAGUCUUUUCCUGAUGUUGAUGGGAUCUAUUUGCAUUAUCAUGGCAAUAAGCAAAGGUGUUCAAUUCUUCCUGAAGCCAGCCGCAGUUUGCUUCAUACUGUCAGGUGUCUUAAUAUUCCUCUGCCUCAUAGUUUUCCACCAAUCAGUGCUUUCAUUCUUAACAAGUGACCAAUCCAUACCUCUACACCAUGAAUUGUCAUGGUCAGUGACAUGUGUAGGCUGUGCCGGGGCUCUGGUGAUUGUUGCCGGGGCCUUGUUUUUGAUCCUUGUUCUUCCAUACAGUCCUUGGGAAAAGUGCUUGCCUAAGAAGAAGAGUGACAUCUAGUGGUGUGGGGGCUGAAGUGCAGAAACCAAGGCAACAUGACACUGUGCAUAAAUUGGCACCAGAGAGGAUGCUGUUGGAAAUGUAACAGGAAGUGGGCCAGACAUUUUGGCAGUGUUUAUGUACCAUUAGAAUGGAACUGUUCAGUGGUGUGAUCAGCAAGCAUAAAUUAUAAUACAUAUAAGCUCAUAAUUUUAACAUAAUAGCUUAAUUGCUUUUUUUGUGUAAAACUCAAUUCAUGUGCAAUAUUUCAUUUUUUGUUUGAACUGUUCAUUUUGUUAAUGUUUUUACAUUAUAUAAGACAUAUGUACUCUAUGACAAAUAUAAUCUAAUAUUUAUAUGUAGUCAAACAAAUCUUACAUCGUUAAACUUGUAUAUGUUGGUGGACUUUUAUAUACAAAUUAUAUAUUAUCAUAUACAAAAAGGUUCUGGGAACUAGUACAUUUAACCUUUUAAGUUAUGCUAAAAUAUCAUUGUGGUAUAAAUGUAAUUAUUGACAUGAUUGGGUAUUCAGACACAACCAAAUGGAAUCUGAUAUUGCAUAUUUGAAAAACAACCACUCAAUUUAUUUUCUUUAUUUAUUUUUUUAUUUUUUUUGAGUAGUGGAAAAAACUGUAGCACUGUAAAUAAAUAACAAAUAAAGCGAUGAUUAUUAACAGGAAUAUAAAUGUAUAUGUUUUGGCUGAUUUGCAAGAGUACACU